AUGUGUGUGUGUGUGCAGGUGCGUGUCGGCGGCUUCAGCUACUCUCCAGGUACGCUGCAGAUCUACUCGGACAGCCUGCUCACGCUACCAGCCAUCAUCGGCAUCGGGGGCGGCGGAGGACUCCUGCUGCUGGUCAUCAUCGUCGUGCUCAUCGCCUACAAGCGCAAGUCCCGUGACGCCGACCGCACCCUCAAACGCUUGCAGCUGCAGAUGGACAAUCUGGAGUCCCGCGUUGCACUGGAGUGCAAAGAGGCAUUUGCGGAGCUGCAGACGGACAUUCACGAGCUGACCCAGGAGCUGGACGGUGCGGGCAUCCCCUUCCUGGACUACCGCACCUACGCCAUGAGAGUGCUCUUCCCCGGCAUUGAGGACCACCCUGUGCUGAAGGAGAUGGAGGUCCCAGCCAAUGUGGAGAAGGCCCUGGCCCUGUUUGGGCAGCUGCUCAACAAGAAGCACUUCCUGCUGACGUUCAUCCGCACGCUGGAGGCUCAGCGCUCCUUCUCCAUGCGCGACCGUGGCAACGUGGCCUCUCUCAUCAUGACCGCGCUGCAGGGCGAGAUGGAGUACGCCACCGGCGUCCUCAAGCAGCUGCUCGCCGACCUCAUCGACAAGAACCUCGAGAGCAAGAACCACCCUAAACUGCUGCUGCGCAGGACGGAGUCUGUGGCUGAGAAAAUGCUGACCAACUGGUUCACGUUCCUCCUCUACAAGUUCCUGAAGGAGUGUGCCGGCGAGCCUCUUUUUAUGCUCUACUGUGCCAUGAAGCAGCAGAUGGAGAAGGGUCCUAUCGACGCCAUCACCGGCGAGGCCCGCUACUCCCUCAGCGAGGACAAGCUCAUCCGCCAGCAGAUCGACUACAAGACCCUCACUCUGCACUGUGUGAACCCGGAGAACGAGAACGCGCCCGAGGUCAUGGUCAAGGUGCUCAACUGCGACACCAUCAUGCAGGUGAAGGAGAAGCUGCUGGACGCAGUCUACAAGGGCACGCCGUACUCUCAGAGGCCCAAGGCCGGGGACAUGGACCUGGAAUGGCGUCAGGGGAGAAUGGCCCGCAUCAUCCUACAGGACGAGGAUGUCACCACCAAGAUCGACAACGACUGGAAACGCCUCAACACUUUAGCCCACUAUCAGGUGACGGACGGGUCAGCCAUAGCUCUGGUCCCCAAGCAGAACUCCGCCUACAACAUCUCCAACUCCUCAACGUUCACCAAGUCUCUCAGUAGAUACGAGAGCAUGCUGCGCACUGCCAGCAGCCCAGACAGUCUGCGCUCUAGGACGCCCAUGAUCACGCCAGACCUGGAGAGCGGCACCAAGCUGUGGCACCUGGUCAAGAACCACGACCACUCGGACCAGCGGGAGGGAGACCGCGGCAGCAAGAUGGUGUCCGAGAUCUACCUGACACGCCUGCUCGCUACCAAGGGUACGUUACAGAAGUUUGUGGAUGACCUGUUUGAGACCAUCUUCAGCACGGCCCACCGCGGCAGUGCCCUGCCCCUGGCCAUCAAGUACAUGUUCGACUUCCUGGACGAGCAGGCGGACAAACACCUGAUCUCCGACUCCGAUGUUCGGCACACCUGGAAGAGCAACUGCCUGCCGUUGCGUUUCUGGGUGAACGUCAUCAAGAACCCCCAAUUUGUCUUCGACAUCCACAAGAACAGCAUCACGGACGCGUGUCUGUCGGUGGUGGCCCAGACCUUCAUGGACUCCUGCUCCACCUCCGAGCACAAGCUGGGCAAAGACUCACCCUCCAACAAGCUGCUCUACGCUAAAGACAUUCCAAACUACAAGAACUGGGUGGAGAGGUACUACUCGGACAUCGCCAGGAUGCCGGCCAUCAGUGACCAGGACAUGAGUGCGUACCUGGCGGAGCAGUCCCGCCUCCACCUCAGCCAGUUCAACAGCCUGAGCGCACUCCAUGAGAUCUACUCCUACAUCGUCAAGUACAAGGACGAGAUCCUGUCGGCCCUGGAGAAGGACGAGCAGGCUCGCCGGCAGCGGUUGCGCUGUAAGCUGGAGCAGGUCAUCGACACCAUGGCCCUGGCCAGCUGAGAGCAGGCUGGACUCACCAACCAAGCCGGCUCCACCCGACCUGACCCGACCCCCCCCCUCCAACCUCAUAUCCCAGACCAUGUUGCCAUGACAACCCCCACCCCAUCCCGCCCCCCCCACCAACCAAGCUGCCCCACCCCAGGAGUUGAGGUGGGCUGGAUCCAGAUGGACACACACAUGGGCCCCCCCACUCCCCACCCAUAGACUACAGACUGCAAGGACAAGGGCGGAACACUGGAGGACGCGCUGAGCUGGGCACACUGUGUGUGUGUGUGUGUGUGUGUGUGUGUGUGUGUGUGUGUGUGUGUGUGUGUGUGUGUGUGUGUGUGUGUGUCUGUGU